CGGCCACUGAUGUGCUGGACUGCCAGGGUGGAGGGGAAGAGGGAGGGGGAGGAGAUGGGGACUCCCGCCCCCCCGCCCGCCCACUCGCGGGUUUGAAUGAAGCGCGAGGGGGAGGGGCGGCAACGGGAGGGAGUUUUUGUCCGAUGGCCCCUCCCCCUCCAUGCACCGGGGAAUCAUCCCCCUUCUGGAGACCUUCGCUCGCUCUCUCCGGGCACUGCCUCCAACGUCGGCUCCAGGGGAGACUAGGAAGAGGCGCCCCUCACCCGAGUGGCUGGAGCUCCUCCUAUCCAGCCUGACCCCCGAGGGAGCACCCUUUAAUCUGAGAUAAUCCUGGCCCAAGGCUGCAACACGGCCUAUUAUCCUGGUAUCAAAGCGUGGAUUGGGAUGCAUGGAAGUGUGAGGUGGUCGAGGCCCUGCAUGCUUAGAGUAAUGGAGUCCUUAGAGCCCCGACGGAGGAAGGGUACCCCCAGACGAACGGGGAGGGGCUAUGCGUGGCCCCAGACUGUGACGACAAGGAAAGCCCCCUUCCACCCCUCCACGAUUCCCCCCACCAAGCGCGGGGCCAGGAAUACGCGCCGUGGGCUAGACUCUAGCGACACCCAGCGGCCAGCGGGGUGGGGCGCCGAGACCCGUUUUGGGGGGUCCGGGUGAUUCCAAAGUGUGUGUGUGUGUGUGUGUGCGUGCGCGCGCGCGCGCGAGUCCUCGCUGCGAAUGGCAGGAGGUGGAAGACGAGGAGAAGGCUGUUGUGUUGCCGAGGCAGGGAAACCCCAGCUCCCAAGGCAGGGCCACAAUCUCCCCUCCACGUUUAACCCCGCAAGGGGAGGGCCAUACCACCCCCGAUUUAGACACCCUCAGGGCAGGUCCAGUCCUCCUCGGGCUGAGAAAGUUCGAGGAGCCAUCAGGCGCCCCUCUCCAGCGCAGGCUUAGGUCCCCGUUUACGAAGGGCAGGGGGAGGGCCUUCCCGCCGUGUCCCUAUCCCUUGCAGACGUCACUGCGGCGUGGCUGAGGGGAUAGUCCUCUCAGUCUCAUCAACCAUCCCCUCCCUGCCACCCCAAACGCCCACCGUGGAGCGGCGGGAGAUGAGGGGGGCUCGGAAUUGAAGCACGAACUCGUAUGCCCCCAGGAGACCUAGCGGAGCCCCAACCCCGGAUGACGCGGAGUCUCUGCGGGAACUCCAGGGGGCCGGAACACUUGCGCAGGGCCCUUUAAGGCUGGCUGGGUAGCCAGUGCCGCUGCCGCGGUUACUAGGGAUGUGACGUCACACAGGGCGGGGUUUCCUGCGCUCGGCGGAAGCGGAAGGGGCGGGGCUCCGCGCACGGAGUCUCCACCGCUGCAGCAGUCGCUGCCACCCGAGCCGGAGCGGGCUGGGCCGCCAAGGCAAGAUGGUGGACUACAGCGUGUGGGACCACAUUGAGGUGUCUGAUGAUGAAGACGAGACGCACCCCAACAUCGACACGGCCAGCCUCUUCCGCUGGCGGCAUCAGGCCCGGGUGGAGCGCAUGGAGCAGUUCCAGAAGGAGAAGGAGGAACUGGACAGGGGCUGCCGCGAGUGCAAGCGCAAGGUGGCCGAGUGCCAGAGGAAGCUGAAGGAGCUGGAGGUGGCAGAGGGCGGCAAGGCAGAGCUGGAGCGGCUGCAGGCCGAGGCACAGCAGCUGCGCAAGGAGGAGCGGAGUUGGGAACAGAAGCUGGAGGAGAUGCGCAAGAAGGAGAAGAGCAUGCCCUGGAACGUGGACACGCUCAGCAAAGACGGCUUCAGCAAGGCCCAUGCCCACGCUCCCGCCACCUUGAUGCUCAUGGCUUCGUCACCACCUCCGCCGUGGAUGGGAUGGGCGCUGCGGCCACGGCCCGCCCGGCCGCGCUCCAGGCGCUCCGCAGCCUUGCCCCAGCCCACUCCCCCUCUCACCCUACCACAGAGCAUGGUCAACACCAAGCCCGAGAAGACGGAGGAGGACUCAGAGGAGGUGAGGGAGCAGAAACACAAGACCUUCGUGGAAAAAUACGAGAAACAGAUCAAGCACUUCGGCAUGCUCCGCCGCUGGGAUGACAGCCAAAAGUACCUGUCAGACAACGUCCACCUGGUGUGCGAGGAGACAGCCAAUUACCUGGUCAUUUGGUGCAUCGACCUAGAGGUGGAGGAGAAAUGCGCACUCAUGGAGCAGGUGGCCCACCAGACAAUCGUCAUGCAAUUUAUCCUGGAGCUGGCCAAAAGCCUGAAGGUGGACCCCCGGGCCUGCUUCCGGCAGUUCUUCACUAAGAUUAAGACAGCCGAUCGCCAGUACAUGGAGGGCUUCAAUGACGAGCUGGAAGCCUUCAAGGAGCGUGUGCGGGGCCGUGCCAAGCUUCGCAUCGAGAAGGCCAUGAAGGAGUACGAGGAGGAGGAGCGCAAGAAGCGGCUCGGCCCCGGCGGCCUGGACCCUGUCGAGGUCUACGAGUCCCUCCCCGAGGAACUCCAGAAGUGCUUCGAUGUGAAGGACGUGCAGAUGCUGCAAGACGCCAUCAGCAAGAUGGACCCCACCGACGCAAAGUACCACAUGCAGCGCUGCAUUGACUCUGGCCUCUGGGUCCCCAACUCUAAGGCCAGCGAGGCCAAGGAGGGAGAGGAGGCAGGUCCUGGGGACCCACUGCUGGAAGCUGUUCCCAAGACGGGCGAUGAGAAGGAUGUCAGUGUGUGACCUAACCCAGCUACCACCGCCACCUGCUUCCAGGCCCCUAUGUGCCCCUUUUCAGAAAACAGAUAGAUGCCAUCUUGCCCGCUCCUGACUUCCUCUACUUGCGCUGCUCAGCCCAGCCUGGGGGGCCCGCCCAGCCCUCCCUGGCCUCUCCACUGUCCCCACUCUCCAGCGCCCAUUCAAGUCUCUGCUUUGAGUCAAGGGGCUUCACUGCCUGCAGCCCCCCCAUCAGCAUUAUGCCAAAGGCCCGGGGGUCCGGGAAGGGCAGAGGUCAGCAGGCUGGUCUACCAGGUAGCAGGGGAGGGUCCCCAGUCAAGGGGCCGGCUCUCGUCACUGGGCUCUGUUUUCACUGUUUGUCUGCUGUCUGUGUCUUCUGUUUGGCAAACAGCAAUGAUGUUCCAAUAAAAGAUUUCAGAUGCUC